AUGACAAACGCAGCGCUUAACGAUCAAAUGGAAAGAUUUUGGAAAAUCAAUGAAGGUCCAAUAACUCAUCAUCGAUCAAUUGAGGAACAAAAAUGUGAGAAGAUUUCUGUGGAAACAUGCAAGCGAGCAUCAGAUGUAAGAUUUGAAGUCGAUAUAUUGAUGAGGGAAGAUUGCAAGAAACUGGGUGACUCUCGGAUCAAUGCGGAGAAACGGUUGCUGGCCAUGGAAAGACGGUUCGCCAAGGAUCCAACGAUGAAAGAAAGAUAUCAUCAAAAUUUGGAAGAUUUUCUUGAACAAGGUCACAUGACUCUGCAUUCGGAUCAAACGCCAACUGGAAAAAAUUAUUUGCCGCAUCAUGCCGUGCUGAAGGAGUCAAGCACUACGACCAAACUAAGGGUAGUUUGGGAUGCAUCAUGUAAAAUUUCAACGGGAAUUUCUCUCAACGAUUGCCUGAUGACUGGACCGGUUGUGCAGCAGGAACUCUUCUUGAUCAUCAUCCGUUUCCGGCAGCAUCGUUUCGUGAUGACGGGCGAUAUCGUCAAAAUGUAUCGCCAAAUAUGGUUCAAACCGGAGCAACGAGACUUGCAAUGCAUUUUGUGGAGGAAGGAUCCAAAUCAAGCAAUGAUGACUUAUCAACUCAAGACAGUGACUUUUGGAGUCACUUCCUCACCCUAUCUUGCCACGCGGUGUUUAGUGCAACUCGCUGAGCAAUGCAAGGAAUCACAUCCAGGUGCAUCACAGGUGAUCAGGAAUGAUUUUUACGUUGAUGAUGUGAUGACAGGCGCCGAUACCGAAACGGAAAUCAACACCAUUACUGAAGAGGUCACCACGAUCUUACAAGGGGCGGGUUUCGAACUGCAAAAAAUCCACACCAAUAAGAUUAAGCACGACGAUGACGUCGAAGGACUCGACAUCACAGAGAUCAAAACCCUCGGUCUCAGAUGGCAGCCAGGCAUGGACGUCCUGAGAUAUCAAUCAUCGUAUGAAUUGGAAAAAGGAGUACUAACAAAAAGAGUGAUUUUGUCUGCCAUAGCACAGGUCUUCGAUCCAUUGGGAUUAAUUGGCCCAUUCGUCAUGAGAUCCAAGCUUCUUCUCCAACAUCUAUGGAAACUCAAGAUUGGUUGGGACGCACCGGUUCCGCUGGACGUAUCUAAGAAAUGGAUAGAACAUUGUGAUCAACUUAGGUCGAUUGGAUGCAUCAAGAUUCCACGACACGCUUUGGCAGCUGCACCGGAGAAAGUCCAAAUUCAUGGUUUCUGCGACGCAUCACAGGUCGCAUAUGGCGCUUGCAUAUACCUUCGAUCAUCAAACGCGGACGGAUCAGUGUUGGUUCGACUUCUCACGGCACGCUCACGUGUAUCUCCAAUAAAAACGGUGAGUCUACCAAGAUUAGAGCUGUGUGGAGCACUGCUCUUGGCAAAUCUCUACGCUAAGAUCAAGGACUGCUUAACAAUAAAAGUCGAGGCUGCGGUGUUCUGGAGCGAUUCCACAGUGGCGCUGGCUUGGAUCAGAGGUGAUCCAUCAAGAUGA